AUGAUAGAAGACAAAGGGCCAAGAGUGACUGACUACUUUGUUGUGGCUGGUCUCACUGAUACGUCUACUCUUUUGGAUCAAGAAAUAAAUCGUUUAGAUACUAAGCCAACUGGGCCCAAAGCUCCAAUUACAGACAUUGCAGUUAUUAACAAAUCAGCUGGGGAAACAGUACCUGAAGGUUAUACCUGCGUUGAAGCCACUCCAUCAGCUCUUCAAGCAAACUUGAACUAUGGAAGUCUGAAAAGCCCGGAACUGUUCCUCUGUUACAAGAGAGGGAGAGAUAAACCACCCCUUACUGACAUUGGAGUUCUGUAUGAUGGGAAAGAAAGGCUUAUUCCAGGAUGUGAAGUGAUACAAGCCACACCUUACGGUCGCUGUGCCAAUGUCAACAACAGUUCAACUACUUCACAAAGAAUCUUUAUCACUUAUCGAAGGGCUCCUCUAAUUCGACCCCAGAAUUCCUUGGCUGUAACUGAUAUCUGUGUUAUUGUAACCAGUAAAGGAGAAACCCCUCCUCAUACUUUCUGCAAAGUUGACAAAAACUUGAAUUGUGGAAUGUGGGGUUCCAGUGUGUUUCUGUGUUAUAAGAAGUCUGUGCCUGCUUCUAAUGCAAUAGCAUAUAAAGCUGGUUUAAUUUUUAGAUAUCCAGAAGAGGACUAUGAAUCAUUUCCACUGUCGGAAUCUGUACCUCUCUUCUGCCUUCCGAUGGGAGCUACAAUUGAAUGUUGGGAUCCUCAGAGCAAAUACCCACUGCCGGUUUUCUCAACUUUUGUCCUGACAGCCUCUUCUGCUGAAAAGGUAUAUGGAGCUGCCAUCCAAUUUUAUGAACCUUACUCUCGAGAACUUCUCACAGAGAAACAGCUUGUGCAACUGGGCCUGCUGACACCUGUGGAGAGAAAAGUGGUCUCCAAAUCCAUCAAUUCAAACAAAUGCAUUUGUUUACUCUCACACUGGCCCUUUUUUGAAGCUUUUAGAAAAUUUCUCAUGUUUAUCUACAAACUUUCUGUGUCUGGACCACAUCCUCUUCCCAUUGAAAAGCACAUUUCACAUUUUAUGCAAAACAUCCCUUUUCCUUCACCACAAAGACCAAGAAUCCUGGUACAGCUAUCAGUCCAUGAUGCGUUAAUAUUGUCACAGCCAGUUUCUACACCUUUACCACUAAGUGGAGCCAACUUUAGCACCUUGUUAAUGAAUUUGGGUCCUGAGAAUUGUGCAACACUGCUGCUCUUUGUUUUACUUGAGUGUAAAAUUUUGCUACAUUCUCUCAGGCCAGCUGUGUUGACUGGAGUAGCCGAAGCUGUUGUAGCUAUGAUCUUUCCAUUUCAGUGGCAAUGCCCAUAUAUUCCCCUUUGUCCUCUUUCACUGGCGGCAGUGCUGAGUGCACCUUUUCCGUUUAUAGUUGGAGUUGACUCAAGGUAUUUUGAUCUUCAUGACCCACCACAAGAUGUUGUUUGCAUUGACUUGGAUACAAACAUGUUAUAUGUAUCAGAUGAAAAAAAGAAUAUGAACUGGAAGCAACUUCCCAAAAAGCCAUGCAAAAAUCUGAUUAGCACCUUGAAGAAAUUGUAUCCCCAGCUAUCUUCAGUCCACCGGAAAACUCAAGAAGGUUCAGCAAUUGAGAUGACCCCAAUUGAAGCAGAUUUCUCGUGGCAAAAGAAGAUGACACAACUUGAGAUGGAAAUUCAAGAAGCAUUUUUGCGCUUUAUGGCAACCAUUUUAAAAGGAUAUAGAACAUAUCUCAGACCAAUCACAGAGGCUCCUUCAAAUAAAGCCACAGCUGUUGAUUCAUUGUUUGACCGACAGGGAUUUUUAAAAAGUCGAGAUCGUGCCUAUACAAAAUUCUACACCCUUUUAUCCAAAACUCAGAUUUUUAUUCGUUUCAUUGAAGAAUGUAGUUUUGUAAGUGAUAAAGAUACUGGAUUGGCUUUUUUUGAUGACUGCAUAGAAAAGUUGUUUCCUGAUAAAGGCACAGAGAAAACAGAUAAGGUUGAUUUUGACUCAGCAGAAGAUACCAAGUUGAUAGAGCUAGAUGAUUCACAAAAAAGUGAGCACACUGUAUUCAUAAUGCCACCAGAGCCACCUCCUGAUGACGGAACGGAUCUGCCACCAAAGUACAGUUACAAAUACUUUCCAAGACUGGAUCUUAAGCUUUUUGACAGACCACAGGAGUUGAAACUUUGUUUUAGUAGACACCCUACUGGGAGUAGCAUUACAAACAGUCCAGCUCUCAUGGCUAAGAGAACUAAACAGGAGAUAAAAUCAGCCCAUAAAUUGGCGAAGAGAUGUUAUACAAAUCCACCCCAGUGGGCCAAGUGUCUCUUCAGUCACUGUUAUAGUUUAUGGUUCAUUUGUCUCCCCGCCUAUGUUAGAGUUUCUCACCCUAAGGUCCGAGCACUUCAGCAGGCAUAUGAUGUGCUUAUUAAGAUGAGGAAAACAGAUGUGGAUCCACUAGAUGAGGUGUGCUAUCGAGUAGUAAUGCAGCUCUGUGGACUUUGGGGUCACCCUGUUUUAGCAGUGAGAGUUUUAUUUGAAAUGAAAACUGCUAAGAUAAAGCCCAAUGCUAUUACUUAUGGCUAUUAUAAUAAGGUAGUUUUGGAGAGCCCGUGGCCUAGCAGUACCCGCAGUGGUAUCUUCUUAUGGACGAAGGUACGGAAUGUGGUACGUGGCUUGGCACAGUUUAGGCAGCCGCUUAAAAAUACCGUGCAAAAGUCACAGGUCUCCUCAAUAUCAGCUCCUCAGAAUGCCGCGGGUGGAAGUGAUGGGGACACGGUGAGCCACGGUAGCGUGGAUAGUUCUAAUGAUGCUAACAGUGGGGAGCACACAGUCUUCGUCAGAGACUUAAUCAGGCUUGAUUCCAUUGAUAAUCACUCUAGCACAGGUGGUCAGUCUGACCAAGGCUAUGGGUCUAAGGAUGAACUUAUAAAAGAUGAUGCAGAAAUUCAUGUGCCUCAAGAACAAAUAUCAAGAGAAGCGAUAACUAAAACAAAAGUGCAAACAGACGAGGUGUGUGAUGUCUCUGCUGUUGUGGCCAAACAUUCACAACCUAGUGCAGAGGCACAGAGUCCCACUGAACCUCCUGCGUGGGGCAGCAGUAUUGUGAAAGUUCCAUCUGGUAUAUUUGACGUCAACGGCAGGAAAAGUAGCACUGGUAGUACCUCUAAUGUGCUGUUUUCUACUCAAGAUCCAACUGAAGAUGUAGUCUUUAGUGAAAUUACCAGUCUGAAGAAGAAUGGUGAUAGAGGAGAAAAAAGACAAAAGCAUUUUCCAGAGAGAAGUUGUAGUUUCAGUUCUGAAAGUCGAGCAGGAAUGUUGCUUAAGAAGAGCAGUUUGGAUUUGAAUUCAAGUGAAGUGGCUAUGAUGAUGGGAGCAGAUGCCAAGAUUCUCACAGCAGCACUGACGAGUCCUAAGGCUUCUCCGCCUCAUGCUGCAAGAAUGCAUAGCUUUGAGAGUGCUGGCUGUCAUCUGGCUGACACUAGGACCUGUGUGUCUGAAAGCAGUCGGGAUUCUGAGCACAGAUCUUCAACGGUAUUAGAGAUGCUUGAGGAAAGCCAAGAGCUCAUAGAACCUGUGGUUGAUGAAAAUGUAGCUAAAACUUCUGUGACAGACGAUACGUAUGACGGCCUACAACAUGAUGGCAGUCAGUCCAGAGACUUGAAAGCAGGAUCCAAAGAUCUAGUAAACAAGAGAAGUAGUUUAUAUGGUGUUGCUAAAGCUGUUGAGAGGGAAGAUGUGGAAACUGGACUAGAUCCUUUGUCGCUUUUAGCCACUGAAUGUAUAGGAGAAAAAACUCCUGAUUCAGAAGAUAAGUUGUUUUCUCCAGUUAUUGCACGUAAUCUGGCUGAUGAAAUCAAAAGCUAUAUGAAUCUAAAGAGCCCCCUGGGUAGCAAGUCUUCAAGCAUGGAGUUACAUGGAGAGGGAAACAGAGAGCCUGGCACUACCACUGCACUGAUUCACCCUUUGGAGAGGAGAUCAAGCCUCCCUUUAGAUCAUGGUCCACCAGCACAGGAAAGUCCUGAAAGUGAAAAAAGCUCCCCUGCAGUGUCUAGGUCUAAAACUUUCACUGGUCGUUUCAAGCCGCAGACUCCCUCUCGAGGUCAUAAGGAACGUUCAACUUCUUUAUCCGCACUGGUCCGUUCUUCACCACAUGGUUCCUUGGGUUCUGUGGUAAAUUCUUUGUCAGGGUUGAAGCUGGACAAUAUACUCUCAGGGCCCAAGAUGGAUGUGCUAAAAUCUGGUAUGAAACAAGCAGCAACAGUAGCCAGUAAGAUGUGGGUAGCUGUAGCGUCUGCCUACAACUACUCCGAUGACGAGGAGGAAACGAAUAGAGAUUACAGCUUCCCAGCAGGCCUUGAAGACCAUCUUUUGGGGGAGAAUAUAUCACCUAACACAAGCAUCUCAGGGUUGGUCCCCAGUGAACUUACCCAGAGCAACACAAGCCUUGGCAGUAGCAGCAGCAGUGGAGAUGCGGGAAAACUGCAUUACUCACCAGGUGAACUUCCAUUUCCAAGAGGCAUAAAAGGGCAGGACUUUGAAAAGUCAGACCAUGGGUCUUCUCAAAACACCAGCAUGUCUAGCAUCUAUCAGAACUGUGCAAUGGAGGUGCUGAUGUCAAGUUGUUCACAGUGCAGGGCUUGUGGAGCUUUAGUUUAUGAUGAAGAAAUUAUGGCUGGAUGGACAGCAGAUGACUCAAACUUGAAUACCACCUGUCCCUUCUGUAAAAGCAACUUUUUGCCUCUUCUCAAUAUAGAAUUUAAAGACUUGAGAGGCUCUGCAAGCUUUUUUAUGAAACCAAGUACCUCUGGUGGCAGUUUACAGAGUGGCAGCAUUCCAUUGACAAGUGCACCUUUGGAACAGAAACCCAUAUCCAGUUCAGCAGAACCUGACUUGAUCAGCUUUAUGGAGUUCCCAAAACAUAACCAGACCAUAACUGAAGAAACAAGCUCUUCAGUUGAAUCAAGUGAUGAAAUAAUGAAAACCAGUGGAGAUGUCCAAAGUAUGAAAAUUUCACCUGUACCUAAUAGUUUAUCAAAACGAAAUGUAUCUUUGACUCGAAGUCACAGUGUUGGAGGUCCCUUACAAAAUAUGGACUUUUCCCAGCGACCAUCUCGUGGCAUUUCAACAGUUAGUCUUCCGAACAGUCUGCAGGAAGUCUUGGAUCCUUUAGGAAAAAGACCCAAUCCUACCCCUGUUUCUGUGCCCUACUUGAGUCCUCUAGUGCUUCGUAAAGAACUUGAGUCUUUGCUAGAAAAUGAAGGCGAUCAGGUGAUCCACACGGCCUCUUUCAUCAAUCAACAUCCAAUCAUUUUCUGGAACCUUGUUUGGUACUUCAGACGUUUGGACCUCCCUAGUAACUUGCCAGGACUUAUCCUCACAUCUGAACAUUGUAAUGGAGGUGUACAGCUUCCUCUGUCAUCCCUGUCCCAGGAUAGCAAACUCGUGUAUAUUCAGCUGUUGUGGGAUAAUAUCAACCUUCACCAGGAACCAGGAGAACCUCUGUAUGUCUCAUGGAGGAAUUUUAAUUCUGAAAAGAAAUUGUCUGUCCUGUCAGAGGAACAGCAAGCAACAAGCACUUUGGUAGAAACCAUCAGGCAGAGCAUUCAACAUAAUGAUGUUCUUAAACCCAUCAACCUGCUUUCACAGCAAAUGAAGGUAGCCAUGAAAAGACAAAGGAGUUUAUACAGAGAAAUCCUCUUCUUAUCAUUAGUGUCUCUUGGAAGAGAGAAUAUUGAUAUCGAGGCUUUUGACAAUGAAUAUGGACUUGCAUACAAUAAUUUACCUCCAGAGAUUCUUGAAAGGUUGCAGAAAAUUGAUGCUCCACCAAGUAUCAGCGUGGAGUGGUGCAGGAAAUGUUUUGGAGCACCUCUCAUUUAACAGGUUCAGUAGAUUUUUGACACAUAAAGCUGAGGGAAUAGAUUAAACCUGGAGACAGUAAAGGUUUAUUCCAAAUCAUGAAUUGGUGAAAACUCUUGGGACAAUAUAUAAUGAAAUGUAAUUCAUACCAAAUCAUCUCAAAAUGUAAAAACGCCAUUAAAAUGCCCCAGGGUUUAUUGAUGUUGAAGAUUUACAGCCUCUGUGUAUCUGGUGGGAAUUGAUUUUGGGUUUCUCAGUUAUCUGUAGUAGUUUAGAGAAACCGUUUUGCUAUUGAGUUUGGGAAAUGGCACAUUUUAAAACUUGCCUAACCCCAAAAUAAAUGAAAUAUCUUAAUUGUAAGAGCAAGAGCAACUAUUUGUGUAUGUGUGUAUAUAUGUGUGGCUAUGUACAUGUGUACACAGCCAUGUAUUUAUUAAAAUUCUUAAGAUUGCAUGUUGCAAUAGUUUUCUGAAAGGGGUCUCCAACAAUUAAUUGACUAAUGACUAUAGGUGUUUCAUAGGUAUCUCAAAAUUAUCCUUUAUGUGAUUUAUUAUCUUUCUUAAUGGAUUGUAUGUUGAAUAUCCAGUUAUUUUUUAGCCUCUUCCCAAUACCUUGUUAAUUUGCAAAGACUUUAAAAAUGUUGUAAUUUGAGUGAAAUCAAAUCAGCUUUAUAAUUUAGAAAAUUGAAACAAUUCUUGUGUAUACUGUCUUUUGCCCUGAAAUUGUUCAGGCACAUAAAUUGUUGCUAUUGGGUCAGUUUUAAAAACCUGUGGGAUAAACUUGCACUGCACACAGAAAUUCUAUUCUUGUAUAAUACUUAGAUUUGUAUACCUAUUUUUUGUGCAUUUGUAAAUACAGGGUUUUUUAGGUUGAAUCAUUUAAGUCUUAAAUUUAAAACUUUUAAGCUUGUUGUUGGUAGGCUUAAAAUCAUGACCUCAAAUGUCUCACUCUUGACAUUCAUCAUGCCUUAAGAUACCCCUUAGACACAGUAAAUUUGCCUUACCUCUCUGCGUGGUUUGAAAAGCCAGUGGUUGCGUGUGCCUGCUUCACAGAAAUCAUGCAGACUAAAUCAGGUAAUAAAAAUUAUUUCCAGAUGGUACAGUUAACAGCACAUAUCUCCCUUUUAUCACUAUGAUCUUUUAAAAAUUGUUACUGUUAUCAAUCGUUUCACUAUUUCAGGGUUAAUAGGACCUAUGCAAAUUCUAGUUUCAAUUUAUCGUGAAAGUGCUAAGAACUUGUCAUAAACUAUGUACAAUUCUUGCCUUAAAAAUGGAACUUUUGCACUCAGUAUGUAUUUGUACAACUUAAGACUUGGUACUAGGUUUAAUACCUAACAUUUAAUGCCCCAAUAGAAAGUUUGGUAUUACCUUGCAUAUUAUUUUAAAAAGUUGAUUAAAUUGAAAACUUCAAGUUUGCUAUACUUGUCUGUUCCAUUUUUAAUGCUCCUGAAAUGUGCAGUUAGUUCAAUUUUUUUGUGAUCUUUAAAAUAGUUGUUUCUCCAUUUCUUUGUAGUCUUCAUAAAUUUACUUACCAAAGCACUUUCCACUAAAAAGCCUGUGAUGAUCUCCUUACAUAUUUAAGAAUAUUUGGCUAUAUUAUAUGAAAUUAUAAACUUUCUAAUAGCUUUAUAUAUAAAUUAGUAAGUCAUUAUAUAUUGGAAAGCUUACCCCGUGGCUGUCAUUUAGAAUAGAGGCUGAUUUGUGCUAUAAUUGCUCAAAGGCCUUUUCUAAAUACAGAAAGGAUACUAAAAAUUUACAGCAGACAGAAAACCAGGUAUCAAAUCACUAUCUACAGGUUUGGAAAUGUCUAGAAUGACUUGUAUGAGACUUAAUCCCUGAGAACUUCUGAAAGCACUCUUUCAAAUUAGCCCAGACUGUUUAGUAUUACCUUACACUUGUUUUGGAUUUGGCAUUUAACUGUAUAUUGGCCGAUUAUAUACCAACCUGCAGAACCAUAAAUCUGCCGUAAAUUUGGGAUAUUCAGUUGUUAGCCCUUUUAUUCCGUUUUUGGCACAUUUAACAUUUCUGCCGUGUUAAACCCUCAAAAUAUUUUCACUAUCCUUUUUUAAAGUUCUGAUCAUCAUCUGCCAGAUUCCAUGAGCUAAAAUAGUCUAGGCCAGCCAUUAUCUGUUCACUUUACUGACUGUACUCCUUGAAAUCAGAAAGCAGCAUAAAGUUCUCAUGGUUUAUGCAGUAGAAUCACCCCAGGUAUCAGUCAGAAUUCUAGGCUUACACCAGAUCUGCCUUUUGGCCUGUAAGUUACCCACUAUGAUUCAAACCAUAGUUUAUCAAACUAUGAUAUACUAUGGUUGGGUAUCUUUUUAAAACGCUACAAAUUCUAUUUCAAUUUACAUUAAUAUAAAUUAAUAAUCUAUUAUUAGUAAGUUAAACAUAAAAAAGUCUUAUAAUAAUGUUGCUUCUUACAGUACAGUCCAGGGGCUGGCAUUAUUGGCUUCCUUAGGAAGUUUACUGAAUUGCAAUCUACUUUGUGCCAGAUCCCCAGGUGACUUAUUAUGCACACUUAAAAUUGUGAAGCACUGCUUCAGUCUCUACAUGUUAAAGCCACUUGAAAAUUUUACUCACCUGUGGUUAAGAUACUCUAGCAAAGGAGCUCCUUUUCUUCACCCUUACUAAUGUGCCUUAAGACCAUUCUCUUCUGUAAUGUUUGAAAGGAGGUUCUAAACUGCAAUUACUAAAGAAACUAGAUGUGGUACAUUAGAAAAAGUACUUUCUCUGUGCAUCUUUCAUUGAUGCAGAUUUCUAAAAACAGGCACAAUCAACUCAGUAUGAAACAGUAAAAACAUUAAUAACCAUUUACUAGAGUUGAAAAGCUUUCUGUUAAUGCAUUAAAUUUGCACUGGUUUUAAAAGCUUUGUGAACUAUUUUAAAAUGGUAUCCAUUCACUAUGCUUUUAACAAGGUAUCCUUUUUACACAUGACAAAUGUCCAUCUCCACAAGGGCACUUUUUGUGUAUUAUGUAUAGAUCUUUAAGGGAAAUUGUAUUCCUCAAAAUAAAGUGUAUCAAAGAUUAA